AACAAUUGAAAUUUGUGUUUCGUACGAAAAACGCAGCUGUGCUGCUUGUUAAUUGGGUUCAGUGUAAGACGCACGCGGUGGUUGGCUGCUGGGGUCCACGAAUUUGACCACGAACCACGAGGAAGUGCUUGUAUUGUGUGCUGCAAUGGAAUAAAACUGGUGUUGGUGGAACCGCAAGUGCAAAUGGCAAUAUUCCUGUCAAAGCUGUGCUUAAGUCAAACGUGUUUGGCGGCUGUGAGUCAGAGAGCAGCGAGACGAAAGCGUGAUCGCACAGCAUUCUUCCUGUGCCGCAAGUGUGCCAGCAGCAGGGUGGUGUGACAUGCAGCCGCGAAGAAAGUGACACAUUUUUCUCGCUCUCUCGCUGAUAGUAACUUCAAUGCGCGCGUAGAACAGGUUCCUAUCGGGCUGAUGUGUUUAGCUGUAAAAGAGAGUAUAAUUUAAAACAAAAUCUUUUGUUCACGGUUUAUUCUUACCAAAAAAAGGAACCGACAAUACAAAUCAAAGUGAAUGAAAGAAGCGAUCGCAGCAUUGUUUCGGUUUGUGUGCAUAGUUGAAUCGCCGUGUACGCGGCACUAAGUUGUCUGUGGGCCGGUUUUGACAGGAGAAACCGUUUCCUGAUCUUGAUCAUUUAAAUGGAGCCACAUCGUUAUCGUCAUCAGCGAUGCAUUCAGAAGCAUCACCGGUUGUCAUUAUUGUGAGUGCGGCGGUUGCAAAUGCAUCGUAAAGGUAUGCAAGUGGCGUAUGCAGCGUGAGAAACGUGAGCAAGGAAGAACAAGAAGAGUGGUGGAUCUGCGAAAGGACGUCAGAACGGAAACACCUACUCUCCGGGCGGUGUGUGGAGUGGAAAGCAGAGAGAAAGCAGUACCCGUUCUACAUUCAGCUGCAUUUCGUGCACGGGCCUGUUGCAGCGGCAGUGACGGGCACCUUAAUCUCGCGUAACCGAUCUAAGGUUGCUCUUAAAUCAUUAUCAUCACACCCGCGCGUACAUUGCCGGGUCCAUUCCAGUCCUGUAAGCCAGUGUUUGUGGUGAUCGUACAGCAUCAAAGGGUGAUCAGCCGGCUGAAUGGUGGAACUUUGAUUAGCGGUGUGUUGUAGUGCUCGUAUUCCAUUACCUUCGGAAGGUUGGCUUCUACAACGGCAGAACGUUACAUUGUUCCUUGAAGUGUGGUAUCGUGGCCACAAAUCGGUUCAAUCGAUUGCGAACCUUCUUAUUCGCUACCGGCCAAAUUCAAUCACCGUCAGUCGUUUUUGGGAAGAAAGACACACUGGCUGCUGCGUUGGUACGGAGCAACUCGCCAGCAUCGCUAGACCAGCCAGCGUGACAUUGCGACCGGACGCGGUGACACCAGCGGAAAUGACUAUCAGCACCACGACCACUCGAUCGACGGAAUCGAUCGUCACGAAACGGGACCAGCAGCAACCACCACCACCGCAGCAGCUCAACAGCGGACACGAUCGGCCGCGGUUGCGACGAGAACGGUCGACCAGAACGCGGCAGCCCCCCCACCCGACAAUGAUGGUGACUAGCUUUCUGUCCAAACCCAUCCUACCAGCCGUAAUGGCGCACAGUGCACUGCUACUGGCGACACUGCUCGCCUUCUGCGCGUUACCCACCGUCGACGGGAAGCUGCAGCUGUGCGAAGUGGAAACGGGCCAGUCCAGCAUCAUUCUGGACAUUGAGGAAAGCCGUGGUAGCUCCGUGGCGCAACACACAAAUCCACCGGAGCUACCGAUCUCCGGUGACCCGAACGAUGACAUCACGCUGGAGCUAGUCUUCCCAAAGGGCAAACCGACCUUCCUGCUGGAUGGCAAAUCCUUGCGCCUGAUCCAUCCGCUCGAUCGCGACGAGGAAAAUCUCAGCCACAUCGUCUUCCAGAUAACCUGUAUGGUGCGGUCAACGCGCCGCAAGCGCAACAUUCCAAUCAUCGUCCGAGUGUCGGAUGUCAACGAUAAUCCACCGAUGUUUAUCAACACACCCUACGAAACAACUGUCCCCGAGUCAACGCCCGUCGGGACGACGAUUUUCCGCAGCAUACAGGCCACGGAUAAGGAUGCUGGCGUGAACGGGCUGGUCGAGUACUUCAUCGUCGAGGGAUCGCAAAACAUUUCGGACAUUUCGCCAAACACCCUCACGGCGGCGGACGGUUUUGGGGUGUUCGCCAUCGCAUAUCCGCACCAGGGACAGGUCACCGUGGUCAAGACGCUGGAUUACGAGCGAACGCAGCGAUACUACCUGACCAUCGUUGCAUCGGAUCGUGCUCGAAAUGCAACCGAACGACUGUCGGCUACAACAACUUUAACCAUCGACAUUGCUGACUCGGACGACCAGGACCCGUCCUUUAUUUAUCGCGGAUGUGUACUGCUGGAUGGAGCAUGCCUCAACCCGGAGUAUAGUGCAUCGGUACCGGCCGGUACUUUGCAGGGCGUGCUGACGGUUACACCGGAGCGGAUACAGGCGGUCGAUCUCGACACGAUCAGUGCGCCUAUCCGGUACUCCUUCCUGAGCGGCAUUCCGGGCAACUACGGUGACUACUUCGAGAUCGAUCCGCAGACGGGUGUGCUGAAACAGACCAAACUGGUGGACGCGUCGGUGACGGCCAAAAAGUUUGACAUCAUCGUCAAGGCAGAAGAAGUGUCGGACAUGAAGCGAUACACCACGGCUAAGCUGUCGAUCAAUGUAAAGCCUGUCGAUGCUUACCCACCGAUGAUUAGCAUCACCUCGACCGAGGGUUUUGUGGAUGAAAAUUCGCCCAUCGGCACGGUUGUGAUGGAUGCGCACGGUGCCCCGAUUAAGCUAUCCACCACCGAUCAGGAUCUCGGCACGGAAGGUGAAGGGAUGGAGUAUAUCUACGAGGUAACGACGCCCUCGUUUACCGUGUCGAAGGAAGGCAUACUGCGCGUUAACGAGGAAGGGCUUGACCGUGAUCCUCCCAGCCCGGGAAAAUAUCUGUUCCAGGUGGUGGCCCGGGAAGCGAGUGGCAAUGCGGCCAGUGCGCCGAUGAGCCUUACGGUGAACUUACGCGACAUCAACGACAACGCACCGAAGCUGGCAAUGGUUGCGCCGGUUACGCUGAUGGCGGGCGAUGGCCGACGGUUGGUGACCAAGGUUCAGGCUACGGAUAACGAUGCCGCCGAUAAUGCCGUCAUUACGUACUCGAUCUUCCACGUGUCCAACAACGGUGGCAGCAAGUUUGCCAUCGACCCAUCCACGGGUGAGAUCGAAACCAGGACCCGUUUAAAUGCUGGCGAGCAGUACAGCAUCACGGUGCAGGCCUCGGACGUCGGGGGACUGUCGUCGCAGGCCAUCGUCGAGGUGACAAUCACACCCGGCCCAAACACGAAACCGCCACGGUUCGCCAAACCGGUGUAUGAAGUGCAGGUGAGCGAGGGUGCUGAAAUUAACUCCACCGUCAUCGUGCUCAAGGCGGAAGAUCCUGAGAAUGAUCCGGUCAGCUACGCCAUCACGACCGGGAACGAUCUGCGCCAGUUUUCGAUCGGCAAGGACAGUGGCGUGAUCAGCGUGAUCCGGAAGCUCGAUCGUGAGGAUCUUACGCGCUAUCAGCUGAUCAUACGGGCAGAGGACAAUGGAGGCUUAGCGAGCAGCGCCACCGUUAACAUUAAGGUGACGGAUAUUAACGACAAGAAUCCCGAGUUCGAUGAGCGUAAACUGCCGUACGUGUUUGCGGUGGACGAGGGUAGGGAGAACGUGGCGAUCGGAACGGUACACGCCACCGAUGCCGAUGAAGGUAUGAACGCGGAGAUCACGUACACCAUCCCGUCGGACAUUCCGUUCAAGAUCGAUUCAAAGUCUGGUGAGGUACGCACGAAGGCCGCGCUUGACUACGAGAAGCAGAAGGAGUAUCGAUUUGUGGUGACGGCAAAGGACGGUGCACCGGAACCGCGUCUCGGUACGGCCAGUGUCACGGUGAAGGUACGCGACAUCCCGGACGAAGUGCCCAGAUUUAUGGAGUCAACCUUGGAGGUGAAAGUGCCGGAAAACGUGCCUGACCUGACGGUUACCACGGUGCGGGCAUUCGAUCCGGACACGAAACCCGAAAUUACGUACACGCUGAAGCGCGGUCCCGGCGAUCUGUUCAAGGUGGAUGCGCGUACGGGCCAGAUCAAGACGAUACGCGGGUUGGACUAUGAGAAGGACAAGAUGCACGAGCUGAUCGUCGGUACGCUCGAGAACAAUGGCACCAAUCCGGGCGACUACAUACGGAUCAUGGUCGAGGUGGAGGACCGGAACGAUAUUCCACCGGUGUUUGUUUCGAUUCCCGAACCGGUCAGCAUCAACGACAAUCUGCCGAUCGGAGCAAUCGUUGGAUCGAUGCCGGCAGUCGACGGGGAUGGAUCCUCGCCCGGCAACGUGGUACGGUACGAGCUGGUCGGGCGCGGUAAAGCGCUAAAGUACUUCCAAGUGGAUGCCGAUUCCGGAAUCGUACGGAUACGCGACGACCUGGGCAAGGAGGAGGACAGUGAGUAUCUGAUUGAUGUGCGUGCCUUCGAUAUGGGCGAACCGCAGCUGAGCAGUGUUUCGACGCUUCCCGUCUACGUGGGUCACAUCCCGGCCAAUCCGAACGGUGAUUCGGCCGAGUCGCGGCUUGAGAACGGUGGUAUCGUGAAUCUGGAGGUGCAGGGGCUCGCGUUUAGUGACGAUAGUUACACCACGAGCGUGCCGGAGUCUACGGGCGUUAAUGCGACCGUUAAGCUCAUUCAAAUCAUCAACUCGAAGAAAGCCACCAAACACAACGGUGGCUUCAGCUGCGAACUGAUCGGCAAUGCCGAUGGGCCAAAGUUGUUCCGCGUCACCAUCGAGGACCAUGCCUGCGCACUGAUACUGAUCGCUCCGCUAGACUACGAGACGGCCGCCAGCCACACGCUCGAGGUUCGGCUGGCAAGCAACAAGUAUUUCGUUAACCAGCACAAAAACACUGCCACGGUGAGGGUGAUUGUGCAGGACGAGAAUGACAACUCGCCCCAGUUUGUGUUUCCCAAGACGUACCAACAGAGCACGCGCAACGACACGUACUACGCGGUGAUCAAUGCCGACGCGGACAUUGAAACGCCCUUGCUGCAGGUGAAGGCAACCGACCGUGACGUAGGACCGUACGGCCAGAUCAAGUACGCGCUGCUGGAUGUGGACGAGCAGCUGAACGAGAUCCCGCACGAGGACGCACCGAGCACGUACUUCACGAUCAGCGAAGACACGGGCAUGCUCAAGACGCAACGAUCGUUCCAGGGCGUUCGGCAGACGCCGCUCGUAUUUUUGGUGGAAGCGCGCGACAAUAAUGGCAACAGUUCGACCGGCACGGUACACAAGGCACGGGCCCGCGUUGUGGUCAACCUGAUCGCCGAUAUCAAUCGUAUGACGCUCGUAUUUCUGGACUCGAACCCAAAGGACAUGCGGCGCCAUGCGCGCAAUCUCGAGGAACUGUUGCACGAGAAAACGGACGGUUUGAUAACGGGCAUCGAGCGGGUCAGCGUUCGUAAGGUGCUGAACGAAAACGGCACCGCCGAGGAGGUGAACGGCGCAACCGAUGUGUGGUUCUACGCGGUCGAUCCGCAAACGGAGCGCAUCCUGGAGCGGAACUCAAGCACGAUCGCGAAGCGCGUCUUUGCACCGGCCAUCUUGUCGCAGAUCAACUUCGAAGCGUCCAGCAUCGCGCGUGCUACCGCGCAGGGCAUCUUUGGACCGAUCGAACCGAAGCUUCCGAUACAGAAAAUUAAAGCCACCAUCGUGGGAAACGAUGACGUGUUUCCGUUCGCGCUCAUUGCCGUUGCGAUCGUGAUUCUUAUUCUGGGUUCUAUCGGCAUCGUGUACAUUUGCAUUUCGUGGUCCAAAUACAAAAACUUUAAGCAAAGAAUGCGCCAGUAUACUGCUCCUGCUAGCCCCGUACGCUAUGAUCCGGUCAUGAUCAAUUCCCAACAGCAGGCACCGUCCGAAAAUCCGACCAGCUUGAAAGAGUACGAAACGCAGGUCCUUGCCAUGGCUGUACCGCUUGCCGACGAGGGUGACGAUUUGCAGCUGGACUUUAGUGCCAAAAACCAUGCCUUCAGCCUAGACAACGUUAGCUACAUCACGCACAAAGAAAAUGGUCAACACAGUCCUACAAACUCCGACGCAACGACCGCUGUUGUUGGCACACUGCAGCGCAACAACAAUAAUAACACGAAAAACAACAACAAUCUCAACAUCAACAAUCGCCAAAACACGCUCAACCGAACGCUCGAAAUGAAUCGCAACAACUAUCUCAAUCCGCUCGGUUCCGGUGGAAAUGGUGCGGUACCGGGUACGCUCACACUCGGCCGCAUAAAAUCCGAACGCAAUAACUACAUCAAUGGAUACGGUGACACGCUGAAUCGGAAUAAUUUAACCAUGGCCCAAAACAACACAUUCAACACGCUGGGCCGCAACCAGCGGAACAUCAACCACGUGCCGCCGCACAACAAUGCUAACCAUGCGUCGAACAACAUUAACCUGAACCAGGCCCACCACCAUCAUCACCAUCCGAUGCACAACGGCGGUUACGUCGGGACGGAGAUUGUGACCAACACGCUUGGACGCAACAAUCGCUACAACGAUGUGCCAAUAACGAAUCCUCUGUUUCACAUUCGACAGAACGGAGAUUUACAAUCGCAGCCCCAGCUGAACCAUAUCAGCGCAACGAACGAAAACGUUAGCUUCGGCAAGCGGGACUACAACCAGCUGUCCUUCUCCUACCUAAACGAUCUGGAUCGAUCCGAUGCGGAAACUACCACGGAACUGUAAUGUGCGGGUGCCAGGGGAAAACCCCAUGCACAAGCCACCCCCACGACACGGUCCGGAUGAAGAUUAGACCCGGACCCGGGACGAACUGUAUCUUUACUUCGAGCAAUGUGUUAGCGCUGUAAAAUAUUGUGACAUAUGUGGCAUUUUAUCGACUAUUGUUUUAAUUCCCCGCCCUCUUCUUUAUGUUUUAUGUCCAUAGAUUCCAAUCCAAACCAUUCCCUUUUUUAUCGCGCGAUUAGAUUCCAUCCCGAGUAAGAUAAUUAUGCAAUUUCUUAAACAUUAAUUAGACAAUAGCUAUGAAACGUGUACAGUAGAUAGCGAGACGAACGAAGGUAGCUGCACAUUGGGCUAAGCGUAGAUGAAAAGGUGGGCACGAUAUUAAGCAAUGUUAUAUUUAUUCACUGAGGAAUGAGUCGCAAGACAAGAUUCGCUGGAGAGAGCGUGGACCGGCACAGGAGUAAAACUAGCACAAGGGCUGGUAAAAGUAUGUAAAUAGUUACAGUCAUUUAACUGAUAAGCAUCGUACUUAGGAAACGUUUUGGGUAGGAAGCAACCAAUAUAUAUGAAAGGCACGACGGAUCGGACGCAGUGUUCAGCGCACAGUUUGAACAGGCUCCAACUGUGCUUGGCAGUCGUUGCCAACAUUGGGAAGGAUUGUUUCUGGAUAGGGAAAACGCAUGCGCAAGCAGCAGAACUGAUCGACGACAACUGCCCACGGCUAGUGUACCGAAAACCGAACAGUGUACAAUCUUACCGUACGUUAGGGAAAUGCAUAUUACGUUCUAGGAAAGAGGGACGCUUUAAAAUAGUACUCCGUUAGGCGCGUUGUACUCGUACAAUGCAUUAAAAGAGCAUUAGAUAGAAACGGGGUUUCUAGGUUCGCGGCAAACAAUUUAAUCGUACAGCUGCGAAUCGUAACGCGACUGACGAGGCGUCCAAAUACAUCAAUAAAAAUCUACUCAACUUGAGAUUACUUUCAAA